AUGUCGUGGCUCAAGUCGGCAGUAGGCCGAUCCAAGUCGAACGCACAUGAGCGGCUCCCGCCGUUGCACUCACGCCUUGCAGACUGGACAGGUGACUUUCGAGAUGCGAACAAGUUUGCUGAAUGCUUUCUUGACCAGCUCACACUGCCUGGCGAAAUAUCCACGAUGGCGUACGAGCCAGGCAUGGGGUACUUGGCAGUCGGCACAUCGGCCGGGACUGUCCAUCUAUUUGGGGCGCCAUGCAUUCGCAUGGCCAUCACGCUUCGACCUGCAUUGCGCGUUAAACACCUUCUUUUUAAGUCAGACACGUACUUACUUAUAUGCAUUGACGAGAAAGACAAUCUGAGUAUCUAUGAUCUGUCGAGGCGAGACCCGCACGGCUCAACUCUGCAUGCGUCACGGCGCACAGCGCCAGGUCAGCCGCAAAUGGCAAAUGCGGAUACGCCUAUGCGUGUUGGUAUUCAUUCGGCGCGCAACGUUGUGUUGUGUGCUGAGGUGACAAGUGUGCACAGCAUGUUGUUUCUCGGGCUGACGGACGGCUCUGUCGAGACAUACGAUCUCGAGCGCUUCAGCACAACGUCGUUCCGCAUCCCGAAUCUUUGGUGGAAUGAGGAAGAGAUCCUACGUCGUUCACAAGUGCCCAAUGCGCCCAGUCGACUGCAUACGCCACUGAUCAUCGAUAUCCAGACACACCCUCGAGAUGCAGCAAUUCUUCUGCUGUGCUAUGAAGGUGGUGCUAUCUUGUACUCUAUUCGUGAUAACGCGGCGUUGCAUACGUUCCAGUUGCGCUUGCUUCCAGGUGCGCCAGGACCGGUGCCUGACGCGCCGAUGGAUGUUAUCUGGAGCGAACGCUUGUGCCCAGCCACAGCGAUUGCAUGGAGUCCGUGUGGCUCCAUGUUUGCGAUGGGACAUGAGAAUGGUGCAAUCUCAUUCUGGAGUGUGAAAGAAGAAGACAAGCCCAUUAUGGUGCGCACGUUGGACGACAUUGACAUUGAUCGGCCGGUCCUUCCAGAGACGCUCCCGAAGUCAUCGGCUGGACCCCGUGAGCCCAUCUUCAAACUUACUUGGUCGGCCUUUCCCGAGCAGGGCUGGUACGAGUACGGCGCACAAGCUGCUGGCGCAUGGACAAGUUCAGCAGGCGCGUCACAAAAUGACAAGACGGCAUCAGCUGGAGACGGCAACGGCAACGGCAGUGGCAGUGGCAGUGGCGGCAAUAAUACCACUGGUAUCACUUCACGAACCAGCCCACCUAACGGCACUGUGCUGACCAUCAUGGGUGGCACACCAGUGAACCAGCCAGCAACAUGCCUGUACACAUUCCACCUGUCCUCGCCCCCAGCGACCAGUGGCAUCUUUGCAAGCCAGACUCCUGAAGCCCUGUCUCGGGAGCGUGCCGUGCUGCGCGAUGCACUUCAGCCGUUCUUUGUGGGGAUGUACAGAACGGCCAGUACGGUGGAAGAUUUCUGCUUACUUCCUCGAUUGAAUCCCCACUUCCGCGGCACUUUUGAUCCAUAUGCGAUUGUCAUCCUGGUGGGGCAGGACACGAUGCUGCCAUCGCUCGCUGUGCAAAGUACACGACGCGGCAUGGACGUGUUUUCAUUUCCGCCGCAGCAGGGCACUCGGGCGUAUGAGCGCCUCUCGCUGCCACUGCCGUUAACAUUCGCGGGACGUGGCACUGUCCUGGGUGCCUAUGUGGCUACUGUACCUGUGGCUCAGUAUCGCCGCCUUGUUCAGCAAGCGACAGAGCAUGUGGUCGGCAGCAUCAAGGACAACGAGCCAAUGGGUGGACUGGCUAAGCCACAGCUGCACGGUGCCUUGCCUAUUCACGCCCAAGCGCUUGCUCAGAAAGGACAGCCACGGAUUCUCAUCACGUGGCACUUGGAUGGCCGUGUUCGAUGGCAUGAUGUGAGUCCCCACUUGCUCCUGCUAGGCGACGAGGAUCCACGGCGCGGCACGAUCCUACGUGAGCCAUUCCCUACGCCCCUACCCCAUCUGACUGUAUCGAUUCGAGACGUCGUGAUGCACCCGUCAGCCAUUGGCAUGCCGGCACUCGACGCGCUCCAGCGCUUCCCAAUGCAAAUACAGAUCGCCAGCGUUCACAUGGCAUGGGAUGCAUUAGAAUGUGCGAUUUCGCUGACGACAGGCCAUGUGCUACAUAUGGCGCUGGGCACCGGUACGAACAUCAAUACGUCGGCAGUGUCGCCUCUCAUUGGCUCCAUCCAAAACAUGCACAUGGACAGUGGUGCACCGUCUCAACAUGCGUUCGAGUUCACAUCCCUGGAGACGGUCGCUGACAUCCACUCAGGGGGGCUUCCAGCCCAAUGUCAUGAUGCAGCUUCUUCCUGGCAGUGCUACGUGCAGUGCGCUGUGUGA